GAUGGCAGCAGGAGGCAGUCCUUUCGAAGACGGAAUGGAAGAUCAUGACUUACCGAACUGGGGCAACGAGAGCCUUGAAGAUCGGUUGAACAAUACGAGUUGGGGUGGUCAGCCCAAGAGACCAAACAGAUCUUCAGAGAAAAAUAGGAAGAAAAUUGUUGGCGAAAGCGACACGAGAGUUACUAAUGACAUCUCUCCAGAAUCCACACCAGGAAUUGGACGGCGGAAAUCAAAGACCCCUCAUAGCUUUCCUCAUACUAGAUACAUGACCCAGAUGUCUGUCCCUGAGCAGGCAGAACUGGAAAAGCUUAAGCAAAGAAUAAACUUCAGUGAUUUGGAUCAGAGAAGUAUUGGAAGCGAUUCUCAAGGGAGAGCAACAGCUGCUAACAACAAACGGCAGCUUAAUGGAAACAGAAAGCCAUUCAACUUCCUGUCACUACAGAUUAAUACUAACAAAGAAAAAGAUUCCACAUCAAGUCCUCAGCCACAAGAAACGGGUGGAUCAUCACAAUACAAAGACUUACUUACAGCUGCCUUGAGUAAGGAUUUGUUACAGAAUUGUCCCAUUUCGAUUGAAGAAGAUGGAAGAGGCGAACCUGCUGUGGACAGUAGCCAGAUUGUAAGCCGAUUAGUUCAAAUUCGUGACUAUAUUGCAAAAGCCAGUUCAAUGCGGGAUGACCUUGUUGAGAAAAAUGAAAGAUCUACUAAUGUUGAACGCUUAGUGCAUCUCAUAGAUCAUUUGAAGGAGCAGGAGAAAUCUUACCUGAAAUUUUUGCAAAAGAUGCUUGCUAGAGAAAAUGAGGAGGAUGGUCGGACUAUAGAUUCAGCUGUGGGAUCUGGUUCUGUAGCUGAGAGCACAUCGCUAAACAUAGAUGUGCAGUCUGAAGUUUCAGAUACCACGGCUAGAGAUCCCCAGCAAGAGGCUACCGAAGAGCUGGCAAAUCUAAAGAAGCAACAUGAUUUACUGAAGAGGAUGUUGCAGCAGCAGGAGCAACUGAAAGCUCUUCAAGGGAGGCAAGCUGCUCUCCUUGCUCUGCAGCACAAAGCUGAACAAGCCAUCGCCGUCAUGGAUGACUCUGUUGUAACAGAAACUACAGGUAGCAUUUCAGGAGUGAGUUUAACAUCUGAGUUAAAUGAAGAAUUAAAUGACUUAAUUCAGCGUUUUCACAACCAGCUUCAUGAGUCUCAGGUUCAGCCUGUGCCAGAUAAUAGAAGGCAAGCAGAGAGUCUGUCUCUUACUAGGGAGGUUUCUCAAAGCAGGAAUUCUUCCCUGUCUGAGCAUUUGUCUGAAGAGAAGGCACAGCUCUUUAGUAAGAUGAUAGCACUACAGGGUAAAAAGCAAAAAAUGGACAAAUUGCUAGGAGAACUACAUACACUUCGUGAUCAGCAUCUUAACAAUUCAUCGCUAUUGCCUGUCACCGGCUCACCUCAGAGGAGUGCAGAUCAAAGAAAUCCCAUGUCAGCAGCUUCUGAAGUGGCAGCUGUCAAUGAAGAAUCUCACAGUUUACCAUCAUCUGUUGUGUAUCAUCGGGAUUCUGUAACCUCUCAGAACGAGAGUGAAGACGAUGAGCACCUAAACCCAACAGAAAAGCUACAGAAGUUAAAUGAAGUUCGGAAAAGACUGAACGAAUUGCGUGAAUUGGUCCACUAUUACGAACAGACCUCUGAUAUGAUGACUGAUGCAGUAAAUGAAAACACUAAAGAGGAAGAAGAAACUGAAGAUUCAGAGUGUGAUUCAGAGCAUGAGAAUCCCCAGCCAGUUACUAAUAUUAGAAAUCCUCAGGGAACCAGUAGCUGGGGAGAAAUAAAUUGCAACAGCAAUUUGCAGUGUGGGACUAAUAACCGAAAUGGAAGGCAUCUUAAUACGGCUUGCGAAAUAAACAACCGAUCUGCCAAUGUAAGAAUGCUGAACAUGCCCUCAACCUUAGACUGUCAUUAUAAUAGAGAAGAUGACGAAGGUGCAGAUAUACCACAAGGUGAGGAGGAUGGUGAGGCCGAUAGAGCCAGCGAAGCUUCUUUAUCCAGUCGCAGAAGCAGUGUGGCUGAUGAUGCUCCAGAAGAUGUGGAGUUUGAGCAGAAGAUUAACAGACUGAUAGCAGCAAAGCAGAAACUUAGGCAACUUCAAAAUCUUGUUGCUAUGGUACAGGAUGAUGAUGUAGAGCCAGAGGCUGCAGUGAGGGACAACAUGAGUGAAUUCUUUCUGGCUGAAGAAAAAGAAAAGCAACAACCGAACAACGUUCGAGCCAACACAAACAAAUCACAGAAAGGCAUGGGGCUGAAUGAAAAAGCAAGGGAAAGAUUCUAUGAAGCCAAACUUCAACAACAACAGAGAGAACUUAAACAUCUCCAAGAAGAAAGGCAGAAACUGAUAAAGAUUCAGGAAAAAAUCCAGGUGUUGCAGAAGGCUUGUCCAGAUCUUCAGUUGUCAUCUAGCCUGGAUAACUGUCUGGGUAAUGCUCCAACACCAGCAAUUAAUGAAAUCAGCACAGCAAGCAAUGCUGUGGUUCAACCAGAAGAACCAACUGGGACUGAAAACGAGAUGUGGUCUGAGAUACGCAGACAUGAGAUUUUAAGAGAGGAGUUGCGGCAAAGAAGAAAGCAGCUUGAAGCUUUAAUGGCUGAGCACCAGAGGAGAAGAGAAUUUGUUGAUUCUACACCUGGUGGUGCUUUAUCUGUGAGGAGUGAUGGAUCAGAGGCUCAGUGCACUCCUCAACAAAGCAGAACAGAAAAAACAAUGGCAACAUGGGGAGGGUCCACUCAAUGUGCUGUGGAUGAAGAUGAAGGCGAUGAAGAAGCUUAUCUUUCAGAUGGGCUUGGUCAAGCAGAAGAGGAAGAAGAACAAGACACUAGUUCCAAUGAGUUUUCCAUGUGUCCCAAUAAUGUAGAUCAAAGUCCCUAUUGUGCAAAGGAUGAUAAGGAGAGCUGGAAGAGUCCUCGUCCUCUUUCAACAGAUGGGAAUUACCGUCCUCUGGCUAAAGCUAGGCAGCAACAGAACAUCAGCAUGCGGCGGCAAGAAAAUCACCGCUGGAUGUCUGAACUUUCAUACGUGGAAGAGAAAGAACAGUGGCAAGAGCAGAUUAGCCAACUGAAGAAACAGCUUGAAUUCAGUGUUAAUAUUUGUCAAACUUUAAUGCAGGAUCAGCAGACUCUCUCCUGUCUCUUGCAAACCUUGCUUACUGGCCCAUACAGUGUGAUGCCGAGUAACGUUGCUUCACCUCAAGUGCAUCUCAUAAUGCACCAGUUAAAUCAGUGCUAUACGCAACUGACCUGGCAACAAAAUAAUGUUCAGAGGUUGAAGCAAAUGUUGAAUGAUUUGAUGCACCAGCAAGAGCAGCAGCAGAAGCAGGAAAGAACGCCAAAGAGAAAGAAAAGCAGCCAGGCACCGCCACCUCCAUCGCCAGCUGUGUUUUGCCCCUUCAGCUUUCCGUCCCAAACAAUGAAUCUUUUUAACAUGCCUGGGUUCACAAAUUUCUCUCCUUUCCCACCAGGUAUCAACUUUGGUUCGCUGUUUCCAUCUGGUUUGGGUGACUUUCGACACAACUGUGCUGCUCAAACCUGUGAACAGCAGCCUCAGCAACCACCCCUGGAACAUAACAGUACUGAGAAAGCUGAAUAUAUGGCAUUUCCAAAGCCCUUUGAAAGUAGUUCCACUGCUGUAGGAGAAAAGCCAAGAGUUCUGAGGCAGUUUGAAGAGGAAAUGGAGAAGGGUAGACUGGCUUGGAUAAAUGGCCAUCAGGAUGGAAGAAAAGAGAACCAUUUGUCCCUCAAUACUGGGUUUGCAGUGCCAGAACAAAAUGCCGUUUGUGGUAAUCACAAAAAUCAACCUGACACCAGCAGAAGAAGAGAAUUUGAUGAAGAAUCUCUGGAGAGCUUUAGUAGCAUGCCGGAUCCUGUGGAUCCUACUACUGUGACUAAAUCAUUCAAACCCAGGAAAGCAUCUGCUCAGGCCAGUCUGGCUUCCAAAGACAAAACGCCAAAGUCUAAGAAUAAGAGAAGGAAUACUUCCCAUUUUAAAAACAGACCUAAAACUAAUGGUUAUGAAAGUGCCAGUGUUUCUAGUACAUGUGAACCUUACAAGAGCAGUAGGAACAGACACUCAACUCGGAAGGAAGAAGGUAUCCAAGCGAAAGUAUUCAGUAUGAAAAAUCGGGAACAACUAGAAAAAAUAAUUAAAUACAGUAGAUCAUCAGAAAUGUCUUCAGCACAUGCUAGGAGAAUACUGCAGCAGUCUAACAGAAAUGCAUGCAUAGAAGCACCAGAAACAGGCAGUGAUCUUUCCAUGUUUGAAGCUUUGAGAGACACCAUUUAUUCUGAAGUAGCUACAUUAAUAUCUCAGAAUGAAUCUCGCCCUCAUUUUCUAAUUGAGCUUUUUCAUGAACUUCAGAUGCUAAAUUCAGACUAUUUGAGACAAAGAGCAUUGUAUGCUUUACAGGAUAUAGUAGCCAGGCAUACAUCUGAAGGCAACACAAAAGCAGAAUGUCCAAAGCCAAUGAGCUCAAAGGGAUGGAUAGGAUCCAAUUCAGAACUUACACCCAGCGAAAGCCUUGCAACUACUGAUGAUGAGACAUUUGAGAAGAACUCUGACCCAGGAGCCUGUAGAGAAUGUGAACAAAAUGAUGCAGACAAUGGCAGUAUUAUGUCCGUUUCUUCAAAUUUUGAACCCUUUGCAACUGAUGAUCUUGGCAACACUGUUAUUCAUUUAGAUCAGGCGCUGGCUCGGAUGAGAGAAUAUGAGCGGGUAAAAAUGGCAGCUGAAAGUAAUCUUGAUUCUGAAGAUGGUUGUAGUAAUAACCCCCAGGUUGCUUCUGCUUCUAAACUGGAAGGUUCAGAUAAAAUGGAAGGCCAUUGUGCAGAACAACCUAGUGAAGUAUCUGCUGUUCCUUGUCCACGAAUUGAUACUCAGCAGCUUGACCGGCAAAUUAAAGCUAUCAUGAAAGAGGUUAUUCCUUUUCUGAAGGAUCACAUGGAUGAGGUAUGUUCUACUCAGCUCUUGACUUCAGUAACGCGCAUGGUCUUGACCCUUACACAACAAAAUGAUGAAAGCAAAGAGUUUGUGAAGAUCUUUCAUAAGCAACUUGGCAGCAUAUUGCAGGAUUCACUGGCAAAAUUUGCUGGUAAGAAAUUAAAGGAUUGUGGGGAGGACCUUCUUGUGGAGAUUUCUGAAGUCUUAUUCAAUGAACUAGCCUUCUUUAAACUCAUGCAAGACUUGGACAACAAUAGCCUUACAGUAAAGCAAAGAUGUAAAAGGAAGAUUGAAGCGGAUGGAAUGAUACAGUCAUAUGCCAAAGAGGCAAAAAGGGCACUUGAAGGAGGAGCUUGUUCAUCUGCUGAAGAUAUCGAUGAAGAUAAGGAUAAAGAUGAAACUGAAACUGUUAAGCAAGUUCAUGAAGCUGAAGUAUAUAUCAGAGAAGAUCCAAAAAACAGAGGAUCAGAUGCUUCUGACCAGGAAGAAGAGGAAAGUGAACAUUGCCCCGUAUCCAUAAGCUUGUCUAAAGCAGAAACCCAGGCCCUAACUAAUUAUGGAAGUGGAGAAGAUGAAAACGAAGAUGAAGAAAUAGAUGAAUUUGAAGAAGGACCUGUAGAUGUCCAGACUUCCCUCCAAGCAAGCAAUGAAACUGUAGCUGAAAAUGAACAAGAGCAGGUUUCACAGCACAAAUUGGAGGAUCCAAAUGGCUGCGAUACUGAGUUGGCAUCUGUAAAUGUUGAAGGUGAUCAGAAUUUACCUGCUGUUGUGCCACCAUAUAUUAAUGUGUUGGAAGAGGCCCAGCGUUUACCUAUUAGAGCUGCUGAAGAUCUUAAUCCUAGUGCAGUAUUAACAGCAGAAGAACCAACCCCUUCAUCAGAAGAAAACAAAAAUCAAACAUCAGAAACUGUACACGGAGAAACCAAAUCUUCAUUAGGAUCUCCUGAAAGCUCUGUGGCUGGAAGUCCUGAUACAGAAUCUCCUGUAUUGGUGAAUGAAUAUGAAACUGGUUCUGGAAAUGUGAGUCAGAAAUCAGAUGAAGAUGAUUUUGUAAAAGUUGAAGAUCUGCCCCUUAAACUUGCAGUGUACUCAGAGCAAGAUAUAAUGAAGAAAAUGGUGGCAGAGGCCCAGACCAACGACAUUGCUGAGGAAAUACUAGCUGGUGAAGAAAGCCAUGGUGAAGAACUAGCAGGAGAUCCACAGAUGCUGAAAGAACCGGAGACUGCUGGAGCCCAAAGUGUGUGAAAAUAACCUCCAGAGCUUCUCCUUGGCCUACCUUCUGUGAAUGCAUAUAGAAAACUCCUCCUAAACGUCACAUGUUCUAAUCUGUAUAAAAAUGUAAAUUAGUUUUUUCACUGCCUCUUAGAAUAGGCCUGCUAACCUGCACAUAAAAGCCUAAACAGCUGAAACUGACUUUUCAGUCUUGCUGCAAAGUUCUUUUUCUGUCUUGCAUUUUUAAUGUAAUUUCAACAGUUUUAAAUAAAGUUUGACUUGUA